UUAUAUUUUCUUUUCAAUUUUGUUUAAUAUUUAUUUUUGUUAUUCUCUAACAAAUUUGCGCUAUUCAAAUCGUUCCAAUCACAUAUGAAUCCCUACCAAAGAUUUCCUUCAAGAUGGCGGAGCGUACGGAACGAGUGCAGUCAGAUUGGGGGCGAAAGCUUUCCCGGUGUUGUCGGUUCCGCCAGAGAAUUGUAUUAGAACUCAUGGGUCUAUUAGCCAUUAUUUUUUGCUAUAUGACUCGAAUAUGCUUGUCGCAUGCCAUAACCGUGCUAGUUAUAAAACAAACAAAUGCGUCCAAUAAUUCAUUAAAUAUAACUGAUUGUUGUCCACGAGAUGAAAACUUUAAUGAGCCCAGUGGUACAUAUAAUUGGUCAGAGAUACUUCAGGGUUUUAUUUUGUCAUCAUUUUUUAUUGGGUAUUUCGUUGCCCAAUUACCUGGUGUCAUAUUAACGAAUAGAUUUGGUGGCAAAUGGAUAAUAACUGCAGGUAUGUUCUUCUCAGGACUCUCAUCGGUUGUGUCACCAUUGGUCAUUAAGUCCUAUGGACCAUAUGCUUUCAUAAUAAUGCGCAUUGUUAUGGGCCUGGGGCAAGGUUUGACAUUUCCAGCUUUAAGCGGCAUAAUCGAUAGUUGGAUACCACCCAGUGAACGGGGGACAAUGGGAGCCUUUAUCAUAUGUGGUGGAAUGUUGGGCAGCUUUGCCGGCAAUAUAUUCUCUGGUAUACUUUUAGAUAGAUGUCAUUGGUCUUUCGUUUUCAUAGCCUUUGGUGUUCUUAGCCUUAUCUGGUGUAUUUUCUUUAUUUUCUUAUGCUAUAGCUAUCCUGAAACCCAUCCCUAUAUUACGACAAAUGAGUUAAAUUAUCUUUACAAUGAAAUGGGAGAUCUGGGACGUAGGGAAAAGCCGCCCGUUCCUUGGAAAGAAAUUCUAAGUAGUGGAGCCAUUUGGCCAUUAAUAUUCGCUCAAUUUGCGCACGAUUGGGCCAUGUCUCUGAUCGUCAGCGAUUUACCUAAAUAUUUCUCACAUAUACUAGGUAUCGGAGUGUUUAAUAAUGGUAUCUAUACAUCGGUGCUCUUUAUACCUUUUGCGAUAUCUGCAAUUAUCUUUGGGUUUAUUGGAGAUUGUUUAAUACUCAGGGAAUUAAUGGAAGUUACCACUGUCAGAAAACUCAUGACAGUUAUCGCUGCUUGGGGUGGUGGUGCCUUUAUAAUUGGUGCUUCUUAUGGCAAUUGCUAUCGCACAAUUGUCAUUGCCCUUUUUAUGUUGUCCAUGUUUUAUAUGGGUUCCUACUACACUGGCAUUAAGUUAGUUCCCAUGGACUUCAGUCCCAACAAUGCGGGAUCUGUUGCUGCCAUUGUAAAUAGCAUUGGAACGAUAGCUGCUUUCUUAGCACCCACAACGACGGGCUUCAUCGUGUCUAAUAGCAUCAUGUGGCAUUGGCGGUUAUCCUUUUGGCUGGCAUUUGGGUUGCUAUUCUUUAACGGUUUUAUAUUCCUCCUUUGGGGUACUGCAGAAGUCCAACCCUAUGAUGAGCCAGAGAAGAAACAAGCCCAAUAAGCGCCUUUCCCAGCUUAAUACCUUAUGCAAUAACUACAAAAUUAUAAUUAAGAACAAAUGUUUAGAAAUUUGCCACGUAAUAUAUACGCAUCAUAAAUUUAAGAAAACCAA